AUGAAAAUUAUCAUUUUGACAAUUUGCUUUCUGCUCUUGUGCAUUGGGAUCAAUCCGAUUUCUUCUUUGUUUUGGAGGCGAAGACGAAGACGACGAAGAAGUCCACCUCCACCUCCACCUCCACCUCCAUGCAAUCCAGUAAACUGUCAGGUUGGGAGCUGGAGUAUUUGGAGUUCUUGCUCCCAUCGUUGUGGAACGAGUGGCACACAAACUCGCACGCGACGGAAAACUUCUUCCGAGGAAUGCGGUGGAGAGUGUCCAUAUAGUUUGAAAGUGACGCAAGCGUGUAACAGGGGUAUCUGCCAAAACGGCGGCACCCCGAAUAGUGGUGGAUGUAGUUGCCGAUUGGGAUACGGAGGAACAUGUUGCGAGAAAGGUGAGUCUACUUCCUGA